CAAAUUCAAAUUCAAAUUCAAAAAAGACGAUACUCUAAAACUCACUCAAUUUCAAGAUGCCAACAAUUGCCGUGGAAAAAGAUAGGUUCUUGAAUGAGUUGGGAAAAAAAUUCACUCAUCAGGAAUUUGAUGAUAUGCUAUUUGACUAUGGAUUGGAACUAGACGAAGAUACAUCUUUAACUACACCCGAUGAGAAACCAUACAAGUUAAAGAUCGAAGUGCCGGCCAAUCGAUACGAUCUACUUUGUCAUCAAGGACUUGUCUUAUCACUUCGAACUUAUAUCGGAACCUCUCCUCCUCCAAGUUUCAAGUUAGUGGUACCAAAACCUGAGAAUCAAUGGAAGGUUAUCGUUAGGAAGGAAACCAGUCAGAUCCGUCCUUUUUUCGCUUCGGCUAUCCUGAGAGGUAUCAAAUUCGACGAUCAAAGAUAUAAAGAUUUUAUCGAUUUACAAGAUAAACUACAUGGUAAUCUGUGUAGGAAGAGGACAUUAGUUGCGAUCGGAACUCAUGACCUUCAAAAGAUUGACCACUCUAAGAAAGUGAUCACUUAUGAAGCGCUUCCACCUACCGAUAUCAAGUUCGCACCUUUGAAUAAAGAAAAGGAAUACGAUGCUACGGAGAUGAUGACACUUUAUGAGUCCGAUAAACAUCUCUCAAAAUACCUGCAUAUCAUCAGGGACUACCCCGUGUAUCCGAUCAUAUAUGAUAACUCUCGUACUGUCCUUUCGAUGCCACCCAUAAUCAACUCUAAUCGCACCAAAAUUACUCUUGACACUCAGGAUGUCUUUAUCGAUGUGACAGCUACCGAUCAAACUAAACUUGAUAUUGUGAUCAAUGUCAUCAUCACAAUGUUCUCUCAAUACUGUUCUGAUCCAUUCACAGUUGAGCCAGUAGAGGUUGUUUACGAACAUGACUUGGCAUCAUCCUAUCAGUCACCAAAAAUCGACCCUCAGACCUUUGCCAUCCGUCAAUCCUAUAUUAACUCUGUCACAGGCUUAAAACUCAGUCCUGAAGAUUCAUGUAAACUACUAGCCAAAAUGGGACACAAUGCUUCAUCAUGUGUAUCAAAAACCGAUCUCACCAAAGCCAUCAACACUUCCACAUCCGAACAAAUUUCUAAUGCACCUUUAUCAGAUUUAAUCAUCGUUCAGGUUCCUCCAACCCGACCUGAUAUUCUUCACGAGUGUGAUUUGGUAGAAGACGUAGCCAUUUCUUAUGGUUUCAAUAACCUUCAACAAACUUUUCCAAGUACGAAUACGGUUGGAAAACCGUAUGAGAUUAAUAAGCUUUCUGACCUUGUUCGAAAAGAAUGCGCAUUUGCUGGAUGGCUUGAGGUUUUACCUCUCACUUUGUGUUCGCACGAUGAAAAUUUUGCUUUCUUACGUAGACCUGAUGAUAAAACAAAAGCAGUUGUACUUUCAAACCCAGCUACCAUUGAAUUUCAAGUAGUACGAACUUCAUUAUUACCAGGAUUAUUAAAAACGAUCAAAGAGAAUCGAAAAGAAGCAUUACCGAUCAGGAUCUUUGAAGUCUCUGAUAUAGUCUUGAAAGAUGAUACAUUAGAACGUAAGGCCAAAAACGUAAGAAGGUUAGGUGCUGCCUUUGUAGGUAAAAAAGCUGGGUUUGAAGUCAUUCAUGGCUUAUUGGAUCGGAUCAUGGCCAUGCUUGAAGUGAAUUGGAGUGGGGAUGAUGGAUCUGGUAAAAAGAAAACUGGUAAGAAAGGAGAAUAUUAUAUUGAACAAUCUGAAGAUCCAACAUUCUUUCCAGGUAGAUCAGCUAAAAUUAUGUUCAAACCGAUCUCAAGUUCAUCGAAUCAUGAAAUCAUUGAAAUCGGUCAACUUGGAAUUUUACAUCCUGAUGUUUUGAAAAACUUUGAAUUAGAUUAUCCUUGUUCGACUUUAGAAAUUGAUUUAUUACAUUUCCUUUGAACGAAAAAAACAAUAAUACAUCUAUACUUUUCUUGAAGGGUUUUUUCUCUUCUUGCAUUUAGGCAUCUGCUUUUUUUUAAAGAGGUUUUAGAAAAAAAGCUUGAUUGUUUAUGACAAACUUGUUUUGAUUUUUGUUCGCAUCGUUUAAGCUUUAGGGUUUAGUGAAAUUAAUGCGCCUGUAGUGUGAUUGAAGGAGCCC